CUGGACACGAGAUAUCAGCUCCUCUUCCUGCUGACCGAGUGGAGAAAGCUCAACCAUUUGAGAUCUACUUUUUCAUUUCCCAAACAGGUGCUUUGGUGCCAGGAGCUGGAGCCUUUGAAAUUGCUGCAUAUUACUCUCUUGUAAAGUAUAAGUCUGAAGUAAAAGGACGUAUGCAGCUGGGAGUGCAGGCAUUUGCAGAUGCUUUAAUGGUCAUUCCAAAAACUUUAGCUACUAAUGCUGGCUACGAAGCCCAAGAAACUAUGGUGAAAUUGAUGCAGCAGUAUGGUUCUGCUGGAGGUCAACUUAUAGGACUUGAUAUCAAUACAGGUGAACCAAUUGUAGCAGCUGAUGCUGGUAUCAUGGAUAAUUACAGAGUGAAAAAACAGUUGCUGAAUUCUUGUUGUGCAAUUGCUUCUAAUUUGUUGCUAGUAGAUGAAAUUGUGCGUGCUGGAUUAACUUCAACAAAAGGAAAAUGAACACCUUUUCUAGCUAAUUUAUAAUAAGAUCAAAAACUUUGUGACCAACUAAUAUGUAUUUCAUAAAUCUGCUAUCUUCAUCAUUUUCUGCUUAAUAAAAACUUAACAGUUGA